AUGGAUGAGGAGAUCAAGAGGGACGACCGCGUAUUCUUGAUCGGAGAGGAAGUAGCUCAGUAUGAUGGAGCGUACAAGCACCAAGUGUUUUCUAAUCUUCUUUCAUUGAAGCAGUGCUUGCAGGUUUCGAAGGGACUGUGGAAGAAAUAUGGGGACGAUCGAAUCAUUGACACACCUAUCACAGAGCAAGGCUUCACAGGACUCGCUGUCGGUGCCGCUUUCGCUGGACUACGGCCGAUUUGUGAAUUCAUGACAUUCAACUUCUCCAUGCAAGCUAUAGAUCAGAUGAUCAACUCUGCUGCAAAGACCUACUAUAUGUCAGCAGGAAAGGUGCCGUGUCCAAUUGUUUUCCGUGGAGCAAAUGGUGCCGCCGCUGGUGUUGCAGCACAACACUCCCAGGACUUCAGUGCGUGGUACGCUCACUGCCCGGGACUGAAAGUGCUGGCACCUUACAGCUCGGAGGAUGCGAAGGGUCUUUUGAAGGCUGCAAUCAGGGAUGAUAAUCCAGGUGAGCGUUUUUUCAAA